CUUAUUGAAGAAUUGAUUUGUUUUCAUUUCUGAGGUAAAACUGACGUCCACCAAGAGCAGUCCGCAUGACUCACCUUCCAUAAAGGUAGCAAAAUGUGCAAUGACAGAAGGCCUUGUUUCCAAAGAUUCGCUUGAUCACAUUUUGCAUGAUUACCCAGUUACAAAUGAAGAUAAUGUUUCGAAGCGAUACAACUUUUUCUAUGACUUGGGGAGUGGAGCCUAUGCCACGGUCAAAUAUGCAACUUGCUCUAAAACCAACAAGGCCUAUGCGGUAAAGAUAAUCUCCAAGACAAAGACUCCGAGGGAAUAUCUAAGGAAAUUCGUUCCACGAGAGGUAGACGCUUUGAAAAGAUUAUCAGUGUAUGAGCAUCCCCAUAUUUCACAAAUGAGAGAGUUUUUUGAGACAUCAAGAAGGGUUUACCUAGUGACAAAAUUAGCGAUGGGAGGUGAUUUGUUGACGUACAUUAACUCCAGGAAGUGUCUUAACGAAGAUACGUCACGGAAAAUGAUUGCGGAACUCUUGUGCGCUCUAGAUCACAUUCACGAUUUAGGAAUUGUACACAGAGAUCUGAAAUGUGAAAACCUUCUCAUAGGUCAGAAUGACAGUCUGGUAGUCUCAGAUUUUGGAUUUGCUACACAGCAGCCAAGGAACAGACUACUGACGACGUUUUGUGGUUCCUACGCGUAUGCAGCUCCGGAGAUACUGUCAGGGAGUUCGUACAAUGGCAAGUGUACAGACGUUUGGAGUGUAGGGGUUAUUCUUUACGCUAUGCUAAAUGGAAAAUUGCCUUUUAACGACACUAAACCGAAGAACAUACUAGUCAAAAUCAGGACAACACCUCUGACUAUGAUUCGUAGAGUAUCUGUGGCUUGCGAGAAUUUUGUAAGAAUCAUCUUGACCAUAAGCUCCAUGGAAAGGCCGAAUGUUGGGGAACUCCUCCUAAAAGCAUGGGUCGAGCCACCUCUCAAGAAAAUCUUGAAAACAUUGCCGGACAAGCUUCAUCCAUCAUGCUUCAAAUUAUCACUUCCUCACAAGAAUUCCUUUAGAAUGUCGGAUUCCUCAGAUGAAUGUAUGAAGGUAUUCUCCCCUCGCCAGGUUCAAGACACCACCUCACCAAUGCUUCCAGUUUCACUUAAAAUCGCCAAUGAGUUCAUCGCUGAAAACACUUCCCAUAAGACUACCUCUACCAUAUCGGAACGAGUGAAACAGAAGUGUAGGCAGGUAAAAACAGACUUGAAAACAUGGGCUUCAAGAAAGAGGAAGAGCGUGGUGAGCCCAAGGUUCGCCAACAUCGAGGGGGGAGGCAGGAUAGUGAAACCAACAACAGGAAAACUUAUGAGGAUUUCUCAGCCAAAAUCGGAUACUGCAGAACCUGAAAGUCUCUUAAACCGACAGAAAUAUGCUGUGCCUGAAUCAAACCAAUCUCUCCCCAAUUCGAAAACUAUAGGCUCACAGUUACAAAAACAAGAAACGCAACUGACAAGACUAAAAUAUACAGUGGUCGAUUCCAAACAAUUCCCGGCAGGCACGGUAGAUUUUAAGAAGAUGAGAGGCAGUAAAGACGACCGAUCAGUAAGUGCUGUUCCUCCCUCCACCGUCACGGUAUUUGAAAAGAGGAGGUCUGCGGAAAACAGAGCCAAGUCCUGUAAUCCGGAAACCAAGCUCGUUACCACAGCUGGUAGUAAGCCUAGUACUGGACAAUCCAGCGGCAGCUCUCUCACUAAGAACAAUAACCGAGACACAAGGAAAGAGACUAAAAGAUACGCUGGAACAGACUCUGCGUCGAUAAACAAACAGAUCCUGAACUAUUUGAGUCAACAACGAGAAAACGGUUCUUACAAACGGCAAUUUGUGAAGCCCACCAAUCUUGGACUUCCACCAUUGCAGCAAGUCCAAGUUCAAGCACAGGGCACUGACCAAAAAAUUAAAGGAAGAAGGCGAUCAUCCACAAAUAGUACUAGAACAAGAACAUCCACUACUAGUGCAAACAAAGACAGCAGAGUCAAGGAAAAGACGACCACUUACGACAAAGCCAAACUUUACCAAAACAUCCAGAGUACUAUCAACAACAAGUACGAUGGUACUUCUUCUAAUAGAGGAAAAUCGGUGGUGACCCCGACGACAGUUGUCGCUGUGCACCCUAAAACUGGACAACCAAUCUAUAGUCACGGAUUUAGACGUAAUUCUAACCCUUCUCAACAGAGACGAUCACUUGGCGGUCCAAAUGACCUCUCUACAGUAUAUCAUUAAUUCUUAUCCUACUUAAGUUUAGGUUCCUGAUAA